AUUUCUCUUGUGCUAGUGAUUUACAUUUAUUUGUUUCAGAAUUCCAAAAUCUUGCGUAGUUAUCAAUGAAAUGGAUUUCUAUUACGUGCCUGCUUCAGCUCCUUGCCGCUCGGUCAUCAUGACCGCAAAAGCUCUAGGCAUUGAAUUAAAUAAGAAACUUUUGAAACUAAAUGCUGGCGAGCAUUUAAAACCUGAAUUUCUUAAGCUCAAUCCACAACACACUGUACCUACAUUGGUGGACAAUGGUUUUGCUAUUUGGGAAUCUCGUGCUAUUAUAAUUUAUUUAGCUGAAAAAUAUGGCCAAGAUGAUUCUUUAUAUCCAAAGUGUCCGCAGAAGCGCGCUAUCGUAAACCAACGUUUGUUUUUUGAUUUCGGCACAUUGUACCAGGCAUUCUUCGACUUCUACGUCACACAAUAUAUCUUUAAACAACCAGUUGCGCCGGAAACUUAUAAGAAGAUAGAUCCGGCUUUCGAAUUAUUUAAUACUUUGCUGGAGGGUCAAACCUAUGCGGCCGGGGAUUCGCUGACUUUGGCUGAUAUUUCUUUGUUGGCGACAGUGUCCUCAUACGAAAUCGCUAAUUACAAUUUCAUCAAAUACCCCAAUGUUGUUAGAUGGUAUGAAAAUUUGAAGAAAACUGCACCUGGUUGGGAGGAAAACUGGGCCGGCUGCUUAGAUUAUAAGAAGUUGUUGAAUCUUUAAAUUUGAACUUGGU